AUGGGCUGCUGGUCAAGUAAGGUUGAGGAGGAAUAUGAGGGGAAAGAAAUUGGUUCCAUGAUUUCCGGCGAGUCUGGUAGUGACUAUAGUAACCAACGUGGACGAUCCGACUCGCGCGACACAAUUCACAGAGAGAAAGAACUUUGUCAUAGCCGGAGCAGGAAUUCUGAAUCUGAAGAACGAAAACAUCUCACAGCAGAUUCGAUACCACAGAUGAAAGUAAUGACUGAGGCAGACUAUUUACGAUAUCGUGAUACGGAGGAAUUACGCGAUCUGGAGAAGGAUAUAAGCGAGCUGGAAGGUGACAAUGAGUAUAUGGAAAGGGAAAUGAGAGAUAUUGAGAACGAUCAUGCGUAUGAAGGAAGGUCUAGGGAAAGAGAUGCAAAUGGAGAUUAUGCAACGAGUCCAGAUAGCAGGAUGUUCCGAAGAGACGAUGACAGGUCUUACUAUAGUAGUGACGUCAGCUCCCUGAGCUCUAUGCUUUCUGUACUUCAUGAAUCGCCCGAGGAAAGCUAA